CCUGAUGCUUGAGUUCUUUCAUUCCCUUCUGGUUUCUGGUAUUAAAGAAAAAAUCUAUGAAGGAAAGUGUUGUUCACUUUUCUUGAUGGAUUUUGAGCUGAAGCCGAAACACUCACACAUUCAGACGAAUGACACCUUUGCAGACAUGAAGUUUGUGAUCCUCUUGGCUGUUUUGAGUGGGGUUUUUGCUGCCCCUUUCCUGAAGGAAGAGGAGGCCAAGCGAUUCAUCAGGCUGAAGAGACAGGCAGGAUAUUGGGAUCCAAACUACUCUCAGAACCAGUGGGGUUACACCGUUCAGGAGCAGGCUAAUGAGUACUGGACAGCCAUUCGAACAGAUGCGCAGUAUUACAUGGACAUGAGCAACCUGAUGUUUGACCGCUCUGUGGCCACCGAAAACAACAGGAUGUAUAUGGAGAUGCUGCGCAAUGCACGCGCCCACCUGGACAGCCUGACCGGUCGUAACGGGUAGAAAAGAAAAAAGAAGACUGGGAAAUGGAAAACAUUUCAUAAAAAGUGAUUUACAAAAGCAUAUAUACAAAAUAUAUAGUUAGAAUAGUAUAUAAAGACUUACUUGAUAUGGGAUGUUUCUGAAAAUGUUCUCCAUUCAGAGCCUGCCUGAACUGUACUAGGUUUAGCGAUCAAACACACUACCUGACAGGAACGGAACAUUUGGACAGAAAGUCUUAGAAUCUCAUUAA